AUGGGACGGUUUGGGCUAUUACCAAACAAGGUUGAAUCCUUUUUACAUUGGUUUACGAAUAAUCCUCGUAAUUUUCCAUCUCGUAUUAUUCUUGAAGGAGUUUUCACACAUUUUUCAAGUGCUGAUGAAAAAUCCAAAGAUUACACUCAAUAUCAAUUCGACAAAUUUAUUGAAAUGAGAAAACUUAUUGAAACAAUUCUUGAGGAAAAUCCCAACAAGUUGCAACACUCGAAUGAAAUAAUCUAUCAUUGUUGCAAUAGUGCUGCAACUUUAUUCUAUCCAGAAAUGCAUUUGGAUAUGACCUGGAGUUUCAAUAUAUGGUCUCUCUCAAGUAAUAUUACCAAUGAUGAGCGAUUGCCAUUUCAAUUACGACCUGCACUCUCUUUAAUUUCACAUGUUGCCAGAGUUGAAAAGCUUCCACACAAAUCCACGGUUUCCUAUGGAAAUACCUAUGUGGUUGAAAAUGAAUAUGAAACAUUGGCAUUAAUUCCAGUUGGAUAUGGGGAUGGAUACAAGAGAAUUAAUUCUCAUAAAUCUCAUGUCCUAAUUGGAGGUGUAGAAUGUCCGGUCGUUGGGAGAGUGUGCAUGGAUCAGUUCGUAGUAAGAAUUCCAGAUGAAAUCGCAGAUCAGGUCAAAGUGAAUGAUCAAGUUGUACUUUUAGGAAAGCAAGGUGACAAAGAAUUGACAUGUGAAAAAUUGUCUGAAUGGUCUCAUACAAUUAAUUACGAAAUUGUCACUGCUUUAUUACCUAGAUUAAAGAGAAUAUAUGUUAAAUAA